AGCGUCGGGCCGCCCGUAACGUAAGUGAAGCGGGUUGGGGAGGCGGCAGCCAUUUUGUGCCGGGAGCCCGGAGGAAGAAGACGCUGGUGUCUCCACACUUCACGGGCCCUGGAGCCUACCGAGAACCCCGCCGUUCCGUCCGCCGACGCUCAGCGGGUCUCUGACCCACUGACUGCUUCUUCUCCUUUUGUAGCCCUCCCAAGAAGCGAGGUGGCGCAAAGCGACUCCGCCGAGACACAGCCGCCCCUGGCUGGCCCCUCUCCCCGUACCCCUAGUCCCUCCCCAUCCCCACGGCCAGCAUUCCGCUGCCUUUCACCCACCCCCCCGGGUGCCAUGAGAGGCUUCGGAGACCGGGGCCGCGACCGAGACCGCGGCGGGUUUGGAGCAAGUCGUGGAGGUCCUCUUCCUCCAAAGAAAUUUGGUAAUCCGGGGGAACGUCUGCGUAAGAAGAAGUGGGACUUAAAUGAGCUGCCCAAGUUUGAGAAGAAUUUUUAUGUGGAACAUCCAGAAGUGGCCAGGCUUACUCCGUAUGAAGUUGAAGAAUUGAGAAGAAAGAAAGAGAUAACAAUUCGAGGAAUGGAGGGCUGCCCCAAGCCUGUGUUUGCAUUCCACCAGUGUAGCUUUCCGCAGUAUGUGAUGGAUGCCUUGAUGGAUCAGAACUUCACAGAACCCACUCCAAUUCAGUGCCAAGGCUUUCCUCUGGCUCUUAGUGGUCGUGAUAUGGUGGGCAUUGCUCAGACUGGCUCUGGGAAGACUCUAGCAUACUUGUUGCCUGCAAUUGUUCACAUCAACCACCAGCCAUAUUUGGAGAGAGGAGAUGGCCCAAUUUGCCUGGUUCUAGCACCUACUAGAGAGUUGGCCCAGCAAGUGCAGCAGGUGGCUGACGAUUAUGGCAAAUGUUCAAGACUGAAGAGUACCUGCAUAUAUGGAGGAGCACCCAAAGGUCCCCAGAUCAGAGAUCUAGAAAGAGGUGUGGAGAUCUGCAUUGCUACACCAGGUCGUUUGAUUGACUUCCUUGAGGCGGGAAAGACCAACCUUCGUCGGUGUACAUACCUUGUUCUGGAUGAAGCAGACAGGAUGUUGGAUAUGGGAUUUGAACCUCAAAUUCGUAAAAUUGUUGACCAGAUAAGGCCUGACAGACAGACUCUGAUGUGGAGUGCUACCUGGCCAAAAGAAGUGCGCCAGCUUGCCGAGGACUUCUUACAGGACUAUGUUCAGAUCAAUGUGGGAAAUCUGGAGCUGAGUGCCAACCACAAUAUCCUGCAGAUAGUGGAUGUAUGCAUGGAAAGCGAGAAAGACCAUAAACUGAUACAGCUGAUGGAAGAAAUCAUGGCAGAGAAGGAAAACAAGACUAUCAUCUUUGUGGAGACAAAGAGGCGAUGUGAUGAUCUCACUCGAAGGAUGCGCAGAGAUGGUUGGCCAGCUAUGUGUAUCCAUGGAGACAAGAGUCAGCCAGAAAGAGAUUGGGUGCUUAAUGAAUUUCGUUCUGGAAAGGCUCCCAUCCUCAUUGCUACCGACGUUGCAUCUCGUGGGCUAGAUGUGGAAGAUGUUAAAUUUGUGAUAAACUACGACUAUCCGAACAGCUCUGAAGAUUACGUGCACCGUAUUGGCCGUACCGCACGUAGUACCAACAAGGGUACUGCCUACACGUUCUUCACACCAGGAAACCUGAAACAGGCCAGGGAGCUUAUCAAAGUGUUGGAAGAAGCCAAUCAAGCCAUCAAUCCGAAACUGAUGCAACUUGUGGACCACAGAGGAGGUGGAGGUGGUGGUGGAGGAGGUCGUUCUCGUUACCGUACAAGCAGUUCAGUAAACAACCCUAACCUGAUGUACCAGGAAGAGUGUGACAGGAGGCUCCGGGGAGUGAAGGAAGGCCGGAGAGACUCAGGUGGCUUCAGAGACCGUGAGCGUGGUGACAGUUAUGCCAACGGAGCCAACAAGACCUAUGGCAGUGCCUAUGGGAGCCCAAAUUCUGCUUUUGGGGCAGCACAAAGCCAGUAUGGCUACACUCAAGGGAGCUAUGGAGCAGCUGCCUAUGGCACGAGUGGCUAUGGCACUGCAGAGUACAGUGCUAGUGGCUAUGGUGCCAGCACCACAGCUGCCACCGCUGGGAGAACCUCACAGAGCACUACCCAACAGCAGUAUGCAGGGAUGGUGGGGCGCUCGGGCCAGCAGCCACAGCCUCUCAUGUCACAACAGUUUCCUCAGCCUCCUGCCACUAAUGUGAUGGGCUAUAUGGGACAGACUGCCACCUACCAGUAUCCACCCCCGCCCCCGCCCCCGCCCCCCUCCCGCAAAUGAGACCACUCGCCUGCUGAUGACCAGUGUAGACCUCUUGCAUUUAAAGGAACCUUUUCUUUCUCUUCUUUCCCAUUGUGAUGUCUCAUGCAGGUUAGAUUUAGAAUUCACCAUUCAAAUCCCUUAAGCCCAUCAAAAAUGGCCCCCAGUCCACAUUACUGACCCUGUCUUUCUUUUCUUUUGUUUUUCUUUUUCUCUUUUUCUUUUUUUUUUUUUUUUUUUUUUUUUUUUUUUAAGAGAUAUAUAUAGUUGACUGGAAAAUUUAUUAUUUUUUGUCUUGCAUGUUGAGGAAAUUGGAAAUUUUAUUUUCUCUAAAAGAAAUGGGUAUAAGGCAGAUAGGUCCCAGCUCGAUCAUCUUGGUGUCUAAGGUUUGUGUGAAAACUUGCUUUUGAGGGGAGGAAGUUUCUAUUCUGUAAUAUGUUAACUUAAUUUCAGGAAGUAUCAAGAGAGGUGGGAAACUUUGGGGAGCCAAAAAGCACUUCAUUUUAACACGAUAAAUGCAAGGGAGCAAUGCUCAUUUUUUCCUAAUCUUAAUUUUUUUUUUAAUAGCUCACUAUUGUUGCUUGUAAUCUACUAUAGGUGACUUUCUAAAGGAAAAGUCUGCUCAUUUGUCUCAGCUUGGCAGCGUUGUGAGUAAUGCCCCAUGUACAUUCUGGUUGGCAUUUUCUGCAGCUCUGGAAGCAGCAGCCCAUCUUCUGAAAUGACCUUAAAGGUACCUGUAGCAGCCUGCAGUAGGAAAGAUGGGAUUAAAAUCCCAAUGUCAGAGACCAAACCUGACUUCGAUUUGAUAUUUGAAAAUCAGAUAAAGUCACUGUAGGAACUACUGUUGUAAUGUUUAGCCAGAUAAGUUUUUGUUUGUUUGUUUGUUUGUUUUCCCUAUGAUUGUUAAAUUGCAGCAUCACAAGUGCGUGAAGUCUGGUUACGCUUAAAUUAGUUUCUGCUCUCAGAUUCCUUUUGUUGGGGUUAUUGAGAUGAUCCUCAUUCGAGAUUCCAGAAACUAACCAGAACUGAGAUGAUGAGCAGCGUAUCGCUCGUCUGUGCUUCAUGAACAUAGCACCUUUGCCAUGGGGAAUGUCCUAAAUGCUGCUAUGCUGAAAAAAAUGUGACAGAGUUUUCCACACUUAAAUUUAAGAGGUUUGAAUAGGGUGGGCUGGAGGGGAGGGCAAGGGGAGGAAUGGAAGAGGAGAUUUGCCUGGAAUCCCCUCUUCAUGAGGUAAGGAGUGAGCUGGUUAGUGCAUCUUGAUUCUGAAGCUUUCUUUCUUUUGUACCUUGAUCUGACUACUGCUUUUCCUGGCUUUUGAAUGCAUUUCCCCAUUCCAUUGGUCCCUUUGAGCUCAGCUCUUGCAGGUAGGUAGCAUUUUAGAAAAUGUUAGACAAGAGUGAAAUUUUAGUAAAUACAUAAAUAAAAUGUUUAUUUUACAGGCUAAGGUGGGUGUGAGGGGUUUUCCCCUUUAGUAAAGCAUGUUGUCGACUUGUGAUUUCUUAAUAGCAGAUGGUUCAGAGACAGUAGAUGGUAAUAGGAGUUGGCUGUUCUUGAUCUAAUAAUGUGGCAAAAGAAUGGAUACAUCUCCUGGUUUGGGAGGCAUAAUCCUUGCAUUAUGAGAGUGCGGUUUUUUUUCUGUUGGUGUUCUUGCAUAUGGAUGGACAAGGCAGCCCACUCCUUUUGUAGCAGAGUGGAACUUCUUAUAGCCCAGGAGAAGAGCCUGCUUAUGCAGAGGGUUUUUUGUUUUUAAUUUCUUGCCAGAGUAUAAUUUGGGGGGAUGAAUGCAUUGUUUCUAUGAUACACAGGUAGGUUAUUGACAGCAUCAGAGGGCAAAGGGAGAGAUCUUCCAGAACCUUGUUUCCUUCAUCCCAUCUGCAAAUUCUAGGGCUUGGGCAGGAAGUUUCUUUGCUUGUGUCAAGUGAAAGCCAGAAACACUUCUUUUAUCCAGGCACUGACUGAUGUGUCUUUGGCCUCCCUCACAAGCAGUUGUGGAGCUAUCUAUUUUAUUUUAUUUUAUUUGUGAGUUUAAUGCAGAAAUGUGUUUGAGGGAUGCAGGAGCGGGACAUCUUGCUGACUGGCUUUAGAAAGGGUCUCUGGACCACCAAAGCUGCCUUAUAGUCUGCUACAGCUUUCACUUCUUUUUGGGGGGACUUGCGCACAUGUAAACAUAUAUGCCAAGUCUUGCAGUGCUUUAUUGUAACUUGAGGUCAGCUGAAGCCCAGGGUCUCAUGUUCAGUUCAGAGUGUUAACUGGAUUGAAGGCAUCAAUGCACCAUGGCAUGUGCUGCCCCUGUCCCACCUGGUGCUCACUGCUCUGUUCCAUAUACCAGCUGAAGGGCCCUUGUGGAUAAAGCAUUAGCAUCUAGUAUUGUUUGGAUUGUUUUCAAUCUGUAAAAGCUUGUGGGAGUGUCAAAUGAGUUGGGUGUCUCCUCCCCUCCCACUUCCUGAAGCAAUUUAUUGUUUAGACUUCUCUGAACGAUGGAAAGGUUAGUGGCUUUGUGUGGGAUCAGCAUUUUGUUUCACACAUUUGCUGGUCUCUGAACACAUUCCUGUUGUAUUAAUGAAGACUUGAAUUGAGCGAUUGAUAGAUCUGUGGUGUUCAGACACAGGAUACUAAGAGCUAUGUUACUAUUCUUAGUUUGUAAAUUGUCCUUUUGAUACCAUCUUGUUUUCUUUUGUAGGUAUAAAUAAAAACACUGUUGUCAAUAAA